AUGGCUGCGGCCAGCACCUUGCGAAACAAGACCGGCCCGGGCUCGCGGCGGGAGAGCGCGAGCGAGGGGCGACCCCGGGGCGCGGGCGCUCACUGGCCGGGGUCCCCGUGCCCAGUCCCCUUGUCCUUCCCGGUGGCGCGGGGAGGAGACGCGAGGGGCGGGGAGGAGGCCGUCCCGGCUGCCCCACCUCCUCCUCCUCCUCCCGCUGGUCCCGCUCGCCCGGCCGGGCCAAACAGAGGUAGGGGCCAGGGGGCGUCUCCCAGCCAGCAGGAGCCCCUGGGCGCCCGGGUGGUCGGGGGAGCUCUGCCCGCCGCCCGCCGCCGCGCGCCCUCUGGGUCCCCGGUCCGGCGCCCCGCAGCUCAGUGCAACCGCGUGAGGCGGCGAGACGCACGCCAGUCCGCCGCCGGACGCCGAGUUCUCGCCUCUCCCGCUAGCGGGGCGGCCUCCGGGCUAUCCCCCGGGACCGCGCGCGCGGCUUCGCGCGCUCCUGCCAAGCGGGGCGGACCGAGCGCGCCCCGGGCGUCUGCGCUCUUCGCCAGCGCAAAGUGCGCGGGGCUUGGCACCUUCCCGCGACUGGAGCCGGGCCAGCGCCACUGGUGGCUGAGGGGCCCGACCCCGCGGGGGAAAAGCCCGGAAUUCCCGCAGGUCGGUGGGACUGGUAACCCCAGGUCUUAGAUGACCGGACCCGAGGGCUCUCCAAACUGGCCAUUCCAGCUGCUGAUUUCAGGGGUCCCCAGAAGUAGCCGGCGAGGCCGCCGUGAUUUCUCUUCAUUUAUUUACUCACUUCUCUAAAGGACCUGCCACGAUCCCGCGAGCGCAAAGACAAAACCACGUAUAUGUUUUAUUCUUGUUAUUUAUUGCCCAGAUCUCAGUAGGAAUGUAAAGAAUGAAAAGGAGUUCGGUGACAUCGCACCCCCAAGUUCACCGCUUCUGAAGCUCUGUUGGUUGCUGGGGAGCCAGUGUGCGCCACUUCACCUGCACACACCAGUUCACAGUUGUGGACACAGGCAUCCUGCGCGGAGGAGUCACCCCGCAAAGUGCAAUGUGAUGUCCUGGAGCACGGGUAGAGGUCUGGGGAGUCACCUGGUGCCGCAGAAACAUCUAGAAGCUGGGCAAAGACCUCGGAGAGUGGUUACUCUGGAGAUCCUUACCCUCCGUCGAGCACACGGCUUUUUAAAUCCUGACACGGGCAGCACCGAAAAGCGUCCCUUGGGUGCGUUGGAAGCCAGAGCGCGCGUCAGGGUGCCCCACGGCCUGGAAAGAAGUUUGCUGAAGGUCUCAAGCCAACCCAUCCUCCUCCCGCAGCCACGUGAAGGAAAAUUCUGGAGAUGGGUUCUCCGGGACCGGCAACUAAUUGAAUUCCCUGAAAGAUGCUUUCUUCUCUCCCUAGACUGUGAGUUUCUGUCAACUUCCCUGCCAGUUUCAGGAAGGAGCGCCUUCUAGCCCAGGAAUGUCUCCCUUCUUGGAGAGCAUAUCGCACGGCUGGUCUGCACAUCUCACUUGGCAAUUAAUCACGUACUCCCAAAAUCAUCUGGGCUUCCCUGGUGGUGCAGUGGUUGAGAGUCCGCCUGCCGACGCAGGGGACAUGGGUUCGUGCCCCAGUCCGGGAGGAUCCCACAUGCCGCGGAGCAGCUGGGCCCGUGAGCCAUGGCCGCUGAGCCUGCGCGUCCAGAGCCUGUGCUCCGCAACGGGAGAGGCCACAACAGUGAGAGACCCGUGUACCGCAAAAAAAAAAAAGAAAAAGAAAUCAUCUGUGCGCUGACACUUUGAGACUAUGUAAGUGUCUUGGUCACCAGUAGUCAUUCACCCAAUGGUUUUAGCAUCCAUUAAUGACCCUUGCCAGAAGCUGUUAUAAAUGAAGCCUUUUCUAAUUGAAUCAA